GAAUAUACAAAAAUUUAUAGUUUUUACCACUGAAAUUUAAAAGUAAGUGGAGUCAAAAUAUUUAUGAGUUCCCUAGAAGUUAGUAAUAGAUUGACUCCAAAAAUUCAGAGAAUAGUUGAAAAUGAAAGAAUCUUAAAAAUUAUUAUGGAAAAGUCGAAAUUUCUUUCCGUUUUUGUUUCACUCAAAAUUUUCUUCUUUUAUUUAUCAUGUACCAAAACAAAAACAUUGACUCCACAUAAAAACAUUAAAAAUAAUGUUAAAAAAAUAAGUGCUGAAUGGUUGCCCACAUGGUCACCUCUUAAUAAGUCUCCAGAAUCUAUGUGCUUCAAAUACAAACCCAACAAAAGAAGAAGAAGAAGAAACAAGAACUCAUACUUAUCUCUUUUUGUUAUCUCUUGUCUGAACUUAUAACAAAAAGAAAAAUGGAUUCUGGUUCGAAUGAUCAUGUAGAAUUGGAAGAAGUCGAAGCCAUUGAUGAUCUUCUCGAAGAUUUCUGGUUCUUUGAUAACUUACUUGACAGAAGAUCAAGGAUCUUGAGGUACUGUCAUUCAGAUCCUUACCCGUUUUCUCCUUCACCUUCUUCUUCUUCUUCCUCCACUUGUCCCAAACCCGAAUUUCCGGAAAAUGGAGAUUCCGGUUCGGAGAAUAUGCUUCUAAAAGCUUCCACUGGGGAAGAAUCUGUUCUACCGCCGUGUAUUGAGAAAAACAAAGGUGCAGGCGAGCCUGAGAAGAUAAAGACGAUGAGGAGGCAGUUCUCGGAGAAGAUUAGGGUUCAGGAACGAAGAACUUACUUGCAGAAAAAGGAACCUGUGGUUCGAGAAAAGGGAAUUAAAGACAGUUCAAGAAGAAACAGAACAGUUAAUAGCUGUAAUAACAGUGUCCAGUGUUGUUCGAUGGGAGGGAGUUUGCAGAGAACUCAGACAUUGCCGAGUUACAUAGGAAGAGAAGACGAUGGAAAUGAGUUUCAAGAUCAAGAGAUUGAUGAUUCAAGAAUGGGAUUCUUGAUCCGUGAAGCCAUCGCUAGCUCUUCUUCUUCUGGAUUCACUCCAACAAAACAGAACACUCCAAAGGUUUCAAGCAUUCCAAGGCAUAGACCACCGAGAAACUCGAGAUCAGAAGACGCUAUUCAAGAACUGGUCGUCAAAUCACAAAAAACCCCAAGUCCCAAAACGCUUCGUAAAACAUUAAGCAGCAUCGAUACGAAAGAGAUUCUGAUGUUGAAGGAUUUAGACAUUGAUUCAGAGAAGAAGCAAGACGAAGAAGAAAAACAUAGGAGGAUCCCACGAGCCUCCUCGAAAAACCGGUCUGCAGCGGUGGUGGGACAGCCGAUUCCUGUUUGGGUUCCAAAGGAUUCAAGUAGAGACAUGAAAGCUCAAAUCAAGUUUUGGGCUCGAACCGUUGCAAGUAAUGUUCGACAAGAAUGCUGAUAACAUUUGCUUUCAUUCACAACAAAUUGCUUCCAAUAUAUAUAUACACACACAACAGCUCAUUUCAUAUUCUUUCGUUCCCUUUUUUGUUCAAAAACAUUCGUCUAUCAUUUCACCUACAAGAAGGGAAAUAAAAACUUAAUAAUGGGUUUUGUGACUUGU